CCGGAAGCCGCUGCGGUUCUCAGCAGCGAUUUAAUAGUUGUCAGGAUUCAACCUUCAGUGCCGGAGGGAUGUGGAGGUUUCCUGAGUCCCCGCAGGGUCCCUGGGCCAGACCCCACAGUGAAGGCUGCAGGAUCUUCUGACAUACCCCACCAGACUUCAAGCUCCUGGGAAGAGCCGAUUGUCAGCAAGAGAGCCCAGGGCUGAGGUCCAGUGAGAACAUGGCAGCUGACGGAGACUCUCCCCAGCCAGGGGGACAUGGCAGCACAUGUGAGGUUUCGGUGUCAUUUGAGGAUGUGGCUGUGAACUUCAGCAGGGAGGAGUGGCAGCAACUGGACUCUGCCCAGAGACGCCUGUACCAGGAUGUGAUGCUGGAGAACUACAGUCACCUGCUGUCAGUGGGAUUUGAAGUUCCCAAGCCAGAGGCCAUCUUCAAGUUGGAGCAAGGAGAGGGGUCAUGGAUGUUGGAGGGGGAGGCCCCACAUCAGAGCUGUUCAGAUGGGAAGUUUGGGAUUAAGAACUCACAAAAAAGAAUUUCUGGAAAAGCUGCAUUUCGUAGUGAAAUGGAGGGUGAAGAUACAAGAGAUGAUUCAUUGUAUUCCAUUUUAAAAGAACUGUGGCAAGAUGCUGAACAGAUAAAGAGAUGUCAGGGAAAACAAAACAAACCUCUGAGUCAUGCUGCUUUCAUCAAUAAGAAAAUAUUGAAUACAGAGUGGGAUUAUGAAUAUAAAGACAUUGGAAAAUUUGUUCAACCAAGCCCAACUCUUAUUCCUUCACAGAAAAGACCCCAUGAACGUGACUCAUUUGGGAAGUGUUUUAAGCAUAAUUUAGACUUACAGAUUCAUAGUAAAAACAAUGCAAUGAAGAACUUUGAUAAAAUUAUUGAACGUGGUCAAGUUUUCACCCAGAGCUCUACUAACCAUGAAAAUAUGCAUACAGGAGUGAAAUUCUGUGAAAGUAAUCAGUGUGGAAAAGUCCUCAGCCUCAAACAUGCACUCAGUCAAAAUCUGAAAUUUCCUGUUGGGGAGAAAGCAAACACAUGUACUGAAUUUGGGAAGAUCUUCACCCCAAAGUCACACCUUUUUGCACCUCAGAGAAUUCAUACUAUGGAAAAACCUCAUGAACUGAGCAAAUGUGUAAAUGUUUUUACACAGAAGCCACUACUUAGUAUAUAUCUGAGAGUUCAUAAAGAUGAAAAACUAUAUAUAUGUACUAAAUGUGGGAAGGCCUUCAUCCAGAAUUCAGAAUUGAUUAUGCAUGAGAAAACUCAUACCAGAGAGAAACCCUAUAAAUGCAGAGAAUGUGGAAAAUCAUUUUUCCAAAUGUCAUCUCUGCUCAGGCAUCAGACAACUCAUACUGGAGAAAAACUCUAUGAAUGCAGUGAGUGUGGGAAAGGCUUCUCCCUGAACUCAGCCCUCAACGUACAUCAGAAAAUUCAUACUGGAGAGAAACAUCACAAAUGUAAUGAGUGUGGAAAAGCCUUUACCCAAAAAUCAACACUCAGGAUGCAUCAGAGAAUUCACACAGGAGAGAGAUCCUAUAUAUGCACUGAAUGUGGACAGGCCUUCAUCCAGAAAGCACACUUGAUUGCCCAUCAAAGAAUCCAUACUGGAGAGAAGCCUUAUGAAUGCAGUGACUGUGGGAAAUCUUUCCCUUCUAAGUCACAACUCCAGAUGCAUAAGCGAGUUCAUACAGGAGAGAAACCCUAUACAUGCACUGAAUGUGGGAAGGCCUUCACCAACAGGUCAAAUCUCAAUACUCACCAGAAGUCUCACACUGGAGAGAAGUCUUAUAUAUGUGCUGAAUGUGGAAAGGCCUUCACUGACAGGUCAAAUUUCAAUAAACACCAGACCAUUCAUACUGGAGAGAAGCCCUACGUUUGUGCCAAUUGUGGGAGAGCCUUCAUCCAGAAGUCAGAAUUAGUUACACAUCAGAGAAUUCAUACUACAGAGAAGCCUUAUAAAUGUCCUGACUGUGAAAAAUCCUUCUCCAAGAAACCACAUCUCAAAGUACAUCAGCGAAUUCACACAGGAGAGAAACCAUAUAUAUGUGCAGAAUGUGGGAAGGCCUUCACUGACAGGUCAAAUUUCAAUAAACACCAGACAAUUCAUACUGGAGAUAAACCCUAUAAAUGUGGUGACUGUGGAAAGGGCUUCACCCAGAAAUCAGUUCUUAGUAUGCAUCGCAGUAUUCAUACAUGAAAGUAAUCCUGUUUCUUGAAAAUGAGAGAGCCUUAUCGCAGAAGUCAGGUCUAAGUAUAUAUUAUAAAAUUCAUCCAAGACAGAUCCUAUAUGAAUACACUGCAUAAGAAACAGCAUUCAUCAGGCUAUCUCACCUGAGAUGAGAAAAAUUAUUGAGAAGAGACCCUCUAAGAAUGCGUUGAAGGAGGGGGAAUUUCCAUAUUUGCAUGGCCUCACAAUAUAUGAUAGAAUUCAUACUGGGAAAAAUGCUGUCGGUUUGAUGCAUUAGGAAUAGCCUUCCUACAGAAAAUAUUAUAAGGCAAAUUGUUAUCUUCUGUAGAAAGGAGGGUGCAAAAUUAUGUAAAUGACAGUCAUGUUUACUGUGUUAUAUUAAGCAAUUUAAAGUGACAACAAAUGAAAGGUAGGACAACAAAAUAGUGUAAUUGAUGUGUAGAUCUACUCUCAGUUCUGGAGAGUGUUUGUGGCAGAACACAUUGUAUAACAGGUGGGACAAUUGAAUUGAAGUUCUUUUUUCAAACUUAGAGUAAUAGUGUCCAUCAAAUAUGUUCCUUAUUGAAUAUUUCUAUCAAAUGAAUCCAUAAUUUAAGUUAUUUUGGUUUUAUAUAUGCAUACAUCUGCAGAUAUAAUCUUACAUGAACACAUAAAUAUAAUUCUAUCAUUCAUACUGGUUUCCAUGACACAGUAUUCUUACAUUCUUUCAUUGUGGUACAAUGCAAAAUAGCCACAGAUUCCUCUCACCCUUUUAUGCAUGCCCCUUUGCAAUGUUACUUUGUUGCUUCUCUUAUUAAGUAGUAUCUCUUUCUCUACUCCUUGACUUUGAACUUGGCUGUGUGACUUGCUUUGGCCAAUGGACAUUAGCAGAGAUGUGAGAAGAGGCUUGAGAAGUGUGAAAAGCCUGCCAGAGGCUUACCCUCUCUUUCUGCUCUUUGGAACUCAGAUUGCCCUACUGGGGCAUGUGAAACCACAUAGAGCAGAGGUGAGCCAGCCCAACUGAGGGCCCUUAGACCAAGUAGCCUGCCAACUGACAGCCAAGCCAGCUCAGCCUAGAAGAGCCAUACCAGUUAUCUCAGCUAACCUGCAAAAUUGAGAUAAAUAAAAUGGUUAUUUUUUAAGCAUCUAAGUCUUGGGGUAGUAUGUUGCAUAGCAAAUGCUAAGUAAUACUUAAAGUGUAUGGGGGGAAGGGCGGUACUGUACCAAAACAUGACAUGUGGCAUUGGCUUAGGGCCUGGGUAGCAGCAGCAGGCGGAGACUGGAGAAACAGUGAGGAAAACUGUUAGCAAAAGCUGGAAAAGAUGGCAACCAUUUUAUUUAGUAAGGAAAAACAUGGCAAAACAGUCACCGUGCUCUGUGGGAAGACAGAGAAUAUACCUAAUGAACUUGUGAAUCUGGCUAAAGAAAUCUGAAGCAGAAUAUGAGAAGUGUCCAUUUGCUUCUUUUAGCUGCAUAUGAUGAGGUACAGAAAGAGAAAAGUGAUCUAAGAAAAUAACUGUUCCACUGGCAAGCAGAAUUCAGAAGAAAUACAGAAAAACCAGGACUUGCUAGGUUGGAAAAGAACUGUUUCACUUGCUAAUCUCUCUAGCUAUCAAAAUAUUCUCAAGGUAAGAAAUGGCCUCAGGGUAAAGGUAAAAUCAUGGAUGUGUCUGUAAGACCCUUUAUUACGAUGUGUGAAAUAUUUAAGUUGGUGCUUGGGAAGCCCUCUCAGCUAAACCAAAGGGCUUUUUAAAAUCUUCACAACAUUGUCUCACAGUAGCCUGACACGCUGCUCAAAGUAGAGAGAGGACUAUCUCAAGAAGAAUUGUUGAUGUGGCUUUUGGGGCACAGAGUAGAUUCAAACCAGAUUGUUCGGAAACCCAUGAAGUUUUUAAUAGAUUUUUUACCAGUGAAACUACCUCCAGGUUGGACUUAAAGGGACUGAAACAGUUUAAAAUAAAAAGUGGCCUCUGGACUCCCCUCCCUAACUUCUAUGAACAGGAUGCAAACUGAGAACAUUACUCAGCUACAAACAUGGGCCAUUUCUUAUGUGAAACAAAGGACAUCUCAGAGGACCCAAGAACAAUAUAUUAAAAUGAACUGGGGAGCCAUUCCCAGGAAGCACCGUGUCCUAACCAACAUUAUCUGCACAUGGAACUGGGGGAACUGACAACAUCCGCUUAGUAGGGUUUCAAAAUUGUUAUGGAGCAGUGACUGAUAUGUGCCUCUUGUUCCUCCUCUUCUUGAAUGGGAGUGUCUAUUGUAGUUAUCCUGUAUAUAUAUAUA